CGAGAUUUGAAGCCUCUCUUAGCCUUGUAAAUUUCCCGGCAAGACAGAGAAUCCAUUUCCACAAAGGCCGCCAUAAUUUAGACUUGUCUUCUUCCACACUCAGUCAAUUGGGUCCCCACUGGACUUUUCUUCUUCGUCUCCAACGAGCAGCUCCCUCCGACUUCCACUGGUUUAGAUAGUAGAGCUCCGUUUUCCUCACUUUGGGAAUUCAUCGCUCGCACCAUUUCAGCCCCCUUGGUUUUAUCUGGCUGCUAAGCCCACUAACCAUUUCCUUUUCAAUGAGUUUUCUUCUGGGAACCCAAAGUUGUUGGCUUGAUUGGGAGUCCGAGUCCGACCCGUUGCCCGCCGACUUCCUCGCCAUCCCCCUUUUCGCCGUCUUCUUUCCCUUGAUCAGGCUUUUCCUCGACAGAUAUGUUUUCCAGAAAUUGGCUGGACGGUUGAUUUUGGGCAAAGGGUAUCCUAGUAUUCAUCUUGUGACACGUGAGGAAAGGAAGACCAUAACAAAGUUCAAAGAAUCAGCCUGGAAGCUUGUUUAUUUCCUUUCAUCGGAGCUAUUGGCUCUCUACGUUUCUCAUAAUGAGCCUUGGUUCACUAAUACCAACUACUUCUGGAAAGGACCUGGAGAUCAAGUUUGGCCCGACCUCAAAGUCGAAUUGAAACUUAAGGCUUUGUACAUGUACGGUGGUGGAUUCUACGUCUACUCCACAUUUGCAUUGUUGUUCUGGGAAACAAGAAGAUCGGACUUUUCGGUUUCCAUGGGUCAUCAUCUGGCAACACUUGCUCUCCUUGUGCUGUCGUACAUGGCUAGGUUUGCUCGUGUUGGUGCAGUUGUGCUUGCAAUACAUGAUGCCACUGAUAUGUUCCUGGAAGCUGCAAAAAUGUCAAGAUACAGUGGAUUUGAAUCGCUUUCCAGCAUUUUCUUUGCUUCAUUCGUCGUGGUUUGGACCAUGCUCCGAAUUAUCUGCUUCCCACUCUGGAUACUGAGAAGUACAAGCUCUGAAGUCGUAGCCAGUCUGGACAUGGAGAAGCAUGCUGUGGAAGGGCCUGUAUAUUACUAUAUGUUCAAUACUCUUCUCAUCUGCUUGCUCAUUGUCAACAUAUACUGGUGGAAGCUGAUGAUCGUGAUGGUGAUCGAUCAAAUCAAGGCCAGAGGCAAGCUUGGCGACGACAUUCGAUCGGAUUCUGAAGGUGAAGACGACCAUGUUGACUGACAGCAUUACUCUCAUAAUGUGGAUAGAUCAGAGGAGCACCAUACUUGUUUGUGAAUGCUAAGGUGAAAGGGAAAGGGAAAUGUAGCUAUAGCAUUUAGACGUCUCAUGUUUGUGUUCUAUAUAUUCUACCGUUCAAUGACAUAUCCAUUUGCGUAGAAUGAUCCCUGUUUGUAAAUUUUACAUAAGUGCAUAUUCAACAUGUAUCCUAAAGUUUUGACGGGGGAUGGGAGUGCAUCCCUCUAUAGUAAUUAUUGCACCAUGGAAAAGAAACUGCAAGUGUUACGUUGAAUAGAUUACAGAAGAAACUCUUAUUAAGAAAAAAAUACAGAAGAAACUCUUAUUAAGAAAAAAAAUUACAGAAGGAAUUAGAUA